UGGAAAGUGUCUCAAAGGGAUUUACUGGACUUUUCUGAGCUCUAAACAUUUUUUUUUAUGCAGAAAACACUUCCUGUGUUUUUUUCCAUUGCGUGUUCCUCAGCGCGGCGGUUCAGAUGUUGGGGAGGUUCUGAUGAAGUGUGGGUUUGUUGAGUGGUGUGGGGUUUAGACGCAGUGUUAGUAUGAGUGUGGAGAUUCCUGCUGGUUUGACAGAUCUGCUGAAGGGCUACACGGUGGAGGUUCUGAAGCAGCGACCUUCUGACCUUCUGGACUUUGCAGUGCAGUAUUUUACCCGCCUGAAGGAGCAGAGGAGCGCUGACGAGCUGAGCCGUCGCAAUGCUGAACUCGGCUGCAGGAACACUAUCAGAUCUCCAGUGCAGAGAGGAGUGGCGUUUGAUAAAGACACAACACCUACUGAGUCCAGUGAGGAAGACGAGGAGGAAGAGAAAGAAGAGGAAGAUGAGGAGGAGAAAGAGGAAGAUGAUGAUUUUCCUGAUGAUUUCACGUUUAAACCACCACCUCCCACCAAAUCCAAUCGGAGAGUAUCAGUUUGUGCAGAGGCGUAUAAUCCAGAUGAUGAUGACGAUGAUGACUCUGAACCGAAGGUUAUCCACCCUAAAACUGACCAGCAGCGCUCCCGACUGCAGGAGGCCUGCAAAGAUAUACUACUGUUCAAAACUCUGGAAAAGGAUCAGUUCUCAGAGGUUUUAGACGCCAUGUUUGAGGUACUCGUGAAGCCACAAGAGCACAUAAUAGACCAGGGAGAUGAUGGAGAUAAUUUCUAUGUGAUUGAGAGGGGAGUGUAUGAUAUUGUGGUGGGGAAGGAUGGAGUGAGCCGCUGUGUGGGGAAAUAUGAUAAUAAGGGCAGUUUUGGGGAAUUAGCGCUGAUGUACAACACUCCUCGAGCGGCCACCAUCAUCGCCACCCAGUCAGGAGCGCUGUGGGCCCUGGACAGAGCGACGUUUCACAGACUUAUAGUGAGAAAUAAUGCGAAGAAGAGGAGAAUGUACGAGGCCUUUAUUGAGUGUGUUCCCCUGCUGAAAUCAUUGGAGUUGUCUGAGAGGAUGAAGAUUGUUGAUGUUUUAGGAGCGAAAUCCUUCAAAAAUGGAGAACUGAUCAUCAAACAGGGCGACGCUGCAGACUGUUUCUACAUAGUUGAGUCUGGAGUCGUGAAGAUUCUCAUCAAAACCAAAACUAAAGCUGGUCAGAGGGAUAAUGCGGAGGUGGAAGUCGCCCGCUGCAGCAGGGGGCAGUAUUUUGGAGAGCUGGCGCUGGUUACUAAUAAACCAAGAGCUGCAUCCGUCUACGCUGUGGGAGAAACCAAGUGUCUAGUGAUUGAUGUUCAGGCGUUCGAGCGCUUGCUGGGCCCCUGUAAAGAGAUCAUGAAGAGAAACAUCGCUUCAUACAAGGAGCAGCUGGUGGCGCUGUUCGGAUCCUGUGAUGAUCUGAAACACUGAGGAACCCUGAGGGCAGUUUUAUAAACCAGGAGUUACAGUUAGCUGAAUAAACCUAAAACCCAAAGUGCUCUCUAUAAACCCCUCCUUAGGUGUUCUGUUGGCAGUGUUUCUAGAUUCGACCAAACUUGGCAGACGUUCCACUGGAAAUAUUCACAAAUAAUUCAAAAAAUUAAGUAAAUUAAAACAAUAAAACAUUCUACCUGUUUUACAUGAGUUUAUACCUUUUUGAACUUUUUGAUUAAGUUUUGGAACUUGUUUGAUUAGACUAGAACUGAAUUCACAGGAGUUUGUGUUAAAUUUUCUGUUUUAAGGAUUUGUGUAUUUUUUUAGAUGACAUCUUCUGUCCAAGUAGGUAAUUUUCCUUUGGCGUAACCCGUGUAAACCAUCCCUGUUCUUCCAUCAAAAACACAAAAGUAUUACUGUUGAUGUUUUUGUUUGAUUAAAGACAUUUAUUUCACACAAAAUGAUUUUCUCAUGGAGGAUCAAUAAACACAAACAAUGAAAUGAGA